AUGAAGACCAGCAUUAUUGUGUUAGCCUUAGGACUUCUGACAGCCUCAUAUUUCAUCAUGACUCCUCCAGUUGACUCUGUCGAGACUGAAUUCCAACAGUUCUUGGGAGAAUACGGUAGGAACUACUUCAGUGAACAUGAGUACGCCAUGAGGCUCCAGGUGUUCAGAGAAAACUACCAGACUAUUCAGAGAGUUAAUAGCGAAGGAAGAAGUUAUAGGGUAGGAAUGAACAAGUUUGGAGACUGGACUAAAGAGGAAUUUAAAGCCCUCUUGACAUAUACUCCUGAUGAGAGAAAAGAUGUGAAGUAUACUACUCUUAAAGGAGUUAAAGAUACUGAAGUUGACUGGAGAGGCAAAUCAGUGAACCCUAUUCAGGACCAAGGAAAGUGCGGAUCAUGCUACGCAUUUGCAUCUACUGCUUCGAUUGAACAUGAAACAUCAUUCUUCCUUCCCUCUCUUCAAAAAUACUCCGAACAACAAAUUGUUGAUUGCUCAGAAGAAUAUGGCAAUGCUGGUUGUAAUGGGGGUCUUGUCACCACAACAUAUGACUUUUUGACAGAUUUCCCAAUCUGCCUCCAAAAGGAGUACCCAUACAAGACCGAUCAAGAUGGAAAAUGCCUUCAAGAUGAAUGUACCGAUACUGACUAUGUCAUCAGAGAAUAUUCAAAGGUUCCUCCAUUUAGUGCUGAUGCGCUAAAAGAGACGGCUACUUACAGUGUUGUUGCUCUCGGAAUUGCAGGAGACUCAGAAGUUUUCCAAUUCUACAAGAGCGGAGUCUUUGAUGAUCAAGAGUGCGGAACCACAAUGAACCACGCUGUCGCUGUUGUUGGUUAUGGAAAUGAUGACGGAAAAGACUUCUUCAUCCUCAGAAACUCAUGGGGAACAAGCUGGGGAGAAGAAGGAUACAUGAGAAUCGCACCUGGAGAUGAAACCACUGGAGGAACUUGCGGAUUUUUACAGGAUUUAGCUCACCCUGCUUACAGAUGCUAA